UGUUAGUACAUACUCAAUCCUUCCGUAGCUCGCACGGUUCACUUCGUGACGAGUGGCGGAGAAUUCGGCUGCGGUGUGUGACCGACUUUUUUUUCUCUCUCUCUCUCUCUCUCUUCUUCUUUUCCUCCUACUUCUUUUCCUUCUCUUCGUUCCUUCCUCUAUUAUCGCUCCCUUCUCUCUGUCCCGAAAAUUGUUCGUUAUCACCUUGCGUCUUUCGGGACCUCCCUCUUCCCAGUACACGCCUUUAAUCGAGUAAAAUAGUUAUCUUACCGCGCGCGGACGUAUUGUUUAUUUCUCUCGCGACAACAGUCAUCGCAACAUCGAAUAGAGUCGGAGGAACAUAGUCCGCGGGAAACGGGAGACCAUAUUUCAGAAAAGAAGACGAAAUUGUGCUUUAUCUUUCUUUUAUCGAGAGAGACUUUAAAAGAGAUAUACAGACCGAGAUAUAAAGACAGAGACUUUAUAUGAUACAUACAGUCAGUGGUAACCACUCGUUACGACACGUUACGAGUGCUUCGAAUUUCGAUCGAUCGCUCGAACUCAACAUGCUAGAGUAUCCAUUGAUGCAGGCGAGCUGGCACGAGAUGGGGAAGAUCGAUAUAGUUUAUAUCCUUGUCGAAUUCAGCAGUGUUUUCCUAUUUGUGCGGUUGUUUAUUAAUUGGAUCAAGUACAUCUGCUCUUUACCGCCCGGUCCUUGGGGGUUGCCGUUGGUAGGCUACCUGCCCUUCAUAAACGGCAGUGACCUUCAUCUGCAGUACUGCGAGAUGGCCCAAAAGUACGGCCCGAUAUUCUGCGCUCGUUUGGGUAAUCAGCUGGUCGUCGUCGUCAGUGAUUAUCGAAUCAUACGCGAUAUGUUUAGACGCGAGGAAUUCACCGGCAGGCCGCACAUCGAGUUCACCAACAUCCUCGACGGAUAUGGCAUCGUCAAUACGGAGGGUGCCUUGUGGAAGGAUCAGAGGAGAUUUCUUCACAACAAGCUUAGAUGCUUCGGGAUGACGAACCUCUCCGCUAAAAAUAAAAGUUUGGAAUCGAAAAUUAUGAACGAAGUUGUUACGUUUUUGCGGGGGUUGGCGGUACGACAUGGGACGCCCAUAAACAUCUCGCUUCCCCUCGGUAUGUCGAUCAGUAACGUGAUCUGCACGCUCUUAAUGGGAAUGCGUUUCCAUCACAGCGAAUGGCGAUUCAAAAGAUUCAUGGCUCUCAUCGAGGAAGGAUUCAAGUACUUCGCCAAGAUAGCACUCAUCAACUAUCUAUGGCCUUUCAUCAACUAUCUAUUGCGUUUCUUACCUUGCAUGCAAGUCACUAGAAACAAGAUCUCGCAGAAUCGGGCGGAAAUGGCAAAUUUCUUUCAAGAGACUAUCGAUCAGCACAGAGCAACGUUCAACAGGAACAACGUGCGCGAUAUCGUGGACACUUAUUUGCUCGAGAUUGAGCAAGCCAAGGAGGAAGGACGGGAGGAACAGCUUUUCGAAGGAAAAAACCAUGAUCGUCAGAUGCAGCAGAUUUUGGGCGAUCUCUUCUCUGCUGGUAUGGAAACGGUGAAAACUACUCUGGAGUGGGCGGUGAUUUUCAUGUUGCACUAUCCGAAGGCAGCAAAAGCGGUGCAAAGGGAAUUGGACGAGGUCGUAGGAAGAGCUAGAAUGCCCACAUUGGAGGAUCUCCCCUUCCUUCCGAUCACCGAGGCAACGAUUCUAGAGAUUCUUCGCAAAUCCAGUAUCGUCCCGCUUGGAACCACGCACGCCACCACACGAGACACGACAUUGAACGGCUACGCGAUACCAGCUGGUACCCAAAUAGUGCCGCUGUUGCACGCGGUGCACAUGGACCCGAAACUCUGGGAUGAGCCUGAGGUCUUUCGACCAUCCCGUUUCCUCUCCAGCGAGGGUAAGAUUUGCAAGCCGGAAUACUUCAUGCCGUUCGGAGUCGGUAGACGAAUGUGUCUGGGCGAAGUACUGGCGCGCAUGGAGAUCUUCCUGUUCUUCGGCUCGCUGAUGCACACCUUCGAUCUGAGUCUGCCCGAAGGCGCCUCGUUGCCGAGUCUGCGGGGCAAUGCCGGUAUCACGAUAUCCCCGGACCCCUUCAAGGUUUGCUUCCUACAGAGGGACUUCAAUGUGGAAUGCGGCAGUAACGAGGUCACCACCGGCGGUCCUUUACGUAACGUCGGCAGCCAUUAAGCUUGUUCAGCGGGCUCCAGAACCAUGGGCACGGUAGUUGUUCCUAUUGCCGCACAAAGAUCGAACAAAGAGAGAUUUUGCGCCACGGGAUCAUCCAUUCACGCGCGCAUCGGCCGAGGUGGACUCCCAUAAGGUUGUCUGAUUGUUUGCUAUUAUUGGAGAACGAUCGAGAAUUUUUAUGCUAAAUUUUAUAAUCGCGAUUUAGUACUCAUUUCGAUUUUAGUACUCAUUUCAUUUUAAAUAAGAAUACAAUUUCGUGGACUUAUUCCAUUUAUAAGAAUAUCUAGGAG